AUGACAAGCUGGAACAGCAGCACUGCUUGUUCACCCGCUACAAGGACCCAUGCCGCCAAGGCCCAGGGGAGGACAAAUCGUGGGCAAUUGGAACCUUGUUAGAUCCGAAAGGAUUAUAUGAUGAAGAAGUGUGCACUCCAGAUAACUUACAGAAG